AACAAAAGUAUAAAAAUAAUUGUCUAUGAUCAAUUCAAAUACUUCAACAUAACCUAGAAGUUUUCAAAAAUAUACAGACAAAUUUGGUUUUUACAGAUUUUACGUCGGCUUUUCAUUGGAGAUGACUGAGCAAAGAGUAUCAUUUCUGUAUAAAGCCGCUGCUGUAGUUCCUAAUACGACUGAACAUCAAAAUCACCUUUUAAAAAGUUUCUAUUUGAUACGUUGCCAUGAACUUACAAAAAGUCAUCGCCUACCCACGAAACAAUUUUCAUCAAACUUGAGAUGUUCCUACUGUUGCAACGAGUGGAAAGUUGGGUUUUAUGAAACUAAAAUAUCAGCUGUAAAGUUAAGCAAAAAACAAAGACAAAGAAUAAAGAUAAGUAAGGAAACAAUCCUUAACAAAACUGUUUUACAGAAAAAGAAAGAACUAUUACACAGCAAUCAAAUUGAGAGAUUCUGUUUGAUUUGUAAACACAAAUCAGUGAUUCCCGCACUAAAGCCGGAAAAAAGUGUUAACAAAAUUACGAAACAAACACCUAAAGCUUCUCCAACAGAAGCUAAAAAUAACCCUGCAGCUAUUUCAAAAAGUGUAUCUCAAGUUAAGCCAGGAGUCAAAAAGAAAUUAGCUGUAAAUGUUUACUCAAAUACACAAGAAGUAUUUUCACUCAAGAAUAAAAAUAACACUAUAACUAGUACUAUAAAAGAAGCUCCAAAAGUUAUAAAAAACAAUAAAAAGAAGAAAGACAAAUUUGCUGGUCUCUGCAAGGAAGCUGUUCUGGCCUCAUCCAAGUUAAAGAAUAAAGAUAAAUUAAAUCUAUUUUUAAAGCCAUCAACAUAAGCAUCAAUACACUAAAGAAUAGAUGGGGUCGACAAGUUUCAACAAGUCAAUCCGCGCCCCUUUUGAAUUAAAAUGUUUAUGUUGCGCCGGCGCCGGUUCAAGCCAGCAUUCACUGUGAACAAAUAACAAUUAUUUGUGCGUACGAAUUACUUGUAGAAGUUU